AUGAUGAAAGUGUGCACGUCCACGUAUCCUAUCUGCCCGAUGUGCAAGAGUAUAUGCAGUCAUGACGCGGUGACGGGGGAAAUCUUAGGCCCCGGCGAGACCCAACUGCAGAUAAUGCAGCAAGCCAAAGAAGCAAAGGAAGAGGUGCGACGCCAAAAAGAAGAAGCCUACCAGCAUCGAAUGCAGUACUGGGCAGCGCUGGCGGGGCAGCAAGAAAACUCGCGGGGUCAAUCUCCGAAGAAAAAGCGGUCUCUUGGGUUUGGGAAAGCAAGCACGUCGACGUCGACAUCGAGUUUGACUGCUACUACAACAGCUGCCGCCGCAGACGACCCGGACAUUGCGGCCCUCGCUCAUAUUCAAGAUCUGGACCCGUCGGUGUUAGAAGUUGAAUGGCUUUCUUCGUGGCACCGCAAAGCAAAGCAAGACCAUGUUUUCGCCAAGUCUCUGCUUCGCUUUGGAAGUCUUUACGUUGGCGACUUCCAAGCACGCGACAAGAGCUUUGAUGGUCUAGGCGAGUUGAUUUACGCUAAUGGUGGACGCUACGUCGGCCAGUGGAGAAAUAACCAACGACACGGAAAGGGAAUUUAUCAAGGCGCCGAUGGUUACGAGUACGUUGGAGACUGGUCCGACGGAAGAAAGCAUGGCGUCGGAAUCCAGACUUUGUCGAGUGGCGAGCGAUAUGUCGGACACUUUCAAGAUGGAAAGAUACACGGCACAGGAGUUCUCCUCGCAGCGAAUGGAGAUCGGUACGAAGGACAAUUUCAAGAUAACCGCCCGAAUGGAUUCGGCAAAUUCAAAAAAGUUACUGGAGAUCGGUACGUUGGCAACACUGUUGACGGUCUGGCAAGUGGCGUGGGGACGGUCUCCACAGCUGACGGUGAAGUUUAUAAAGGUCACUGGGAUAAAGAUUUUCGGCAUGGCAGUGGUGUUUGUUUCUAUCCGAAUGGUGCCGUCUACUCUGGUGGAUGGUGGCGUGGGAGAUGGAACGGAAGUGGAAUCUAUGUGUCCAGUGAAGGCAUUAAAUACAUUGGCGAGUUCUCCAAAGGCAAGCAACAUGGUAAAGGCAAACUAUUGUUUGAUAACGGCGACGUAUUCGAUGGCCAUUUCAUCCAGGGUGUGGCCGAAGGGAAAGGCACCUAUCGGUUUUAUGAUAGUGGCAACCUGUACAUCGGCGAUUGGGUCGCUAACAAACGACACGGGCACGGCACCUACACGUUCGUUGGAGGUAGCAGCUACACGGGGGAUUUCGUGAGCGACCACGUUGAAGGCCAUGGUACAAUGACGUAUUCGAAUGGAAAUACGUACAAGGGAGACUUCGUGAAUGCCGAAAAGCACGGAGAAGGCGUCUAUCGCUGGAAAGACGGAAGUGUGUACCAAGGCCAGUUUGAACACGGCUUGAUACGGGGGAACGGCAAAAUCGUGUACGCCACGGGUCAUAUCUAUGAGGGCCAAUGGCAAGAUAACAAGAAACACGGGAAGGGGAAAUUUACCUAUCGCAAUGGUGAUAUUUAUGAUGGCGAAUGGCAAGCGGAUCGACGUCACGGGGUCGGAAUAUUUACUUGGAAUCCGAACACACCUCAACAAGAGAACUACGAGGGUAUGUUGGACGACGAGCGCCGCCAUGGGAGAGGCACGUAUCGGUAUGCCGAUGGAACUGUCUAUUGUGGUGAUUGGAACUACGGCAAGCGCGAUGGAAUCGGAACAUUCACGUGGCCAAACGGUGAUGCGUACAACGGUCAGUUUGUGGACGAAAUGCAGCACGGCUUUGGUAGUUUCUUCUGUGCCUCAACGGGCGACACCUACGAGGGGGAGUGGGUCAUGAACGUUCGUGAGGGUCACGGGAAGAUUCUGUAUGCUUCUGGAAAGGUGUUCGAAGGUACAUUUCACGAAGGAAGACGUCAUGGAAGUGGUGUCAUGACCUAUAGUAAUGGUAACAGCUACCAUGGAGUCUGGAAUCGCGACAUCAAGCAAGGCGGCGGAAGAUAUGUACUUCAUGUUGCCAACGGCACAGAUGCAGGCCUAGAGGGAAAACCUAAAGAAUCGCUGAAUCUCCGCGUAUUUGGCUACUAA